AUGGGUUGGAGAGGGAUUCUGGGUUUUGAGUAUGGAAUAGUUCAGGCACCUCUGGGACCUGAUAUUUCAGGUCCAGAGCUUGUAGCUGCUGUUGCUAAUGCUGGUGGACUUGGUCUCCUCAGAGCCCCAGAUUGGGAGGCACCAGACCAUGUGAGAAGGCUGAUAAGGAAUACUCGAACCUUGACUGACAAACCAUUUGGGAUAGGUGUUGUGCUGGCAUUUCCUCACAAGGAAAAUAUAAAGGCUAUUCUGGAUGAAAAGGUCGCUGUAUUACAGGUUUCCUGGGGUGAAUGUCCAAAGGACCUCGUCCUUGAAGCUCAGCAAGCUGGGGUCAAGAUUGUUCCCCAAGUUGGGAGCUUUGAAGAAGCAAGAAAAGCUGCUGACGCAGGUGUAGAUGCAAUAAUUGUCCAAGGACGUGAAGCAGGAGGGCACGUUAUUGGUCAGGAUGGAUUGAUUUCAUUGUUGCCAAGAGUAGUUGAUCUUGUUGGUGGGAGAAUACCCGUAAUUGCUGCUGGAGGAAUUGUGGAUGAGCGUGGUUGCGUUGCUGCCUUGGCCCUUGGAGCACAGGGUGUCUGCCUAGGCACAAGGUUUCUUGCAACAAGGGAAAGCUAUGCUCACCCAACAUACAAGCUGAAGUUGGUUGAACACGACAAAACCGAGUAUACAGAUGUAUUUGGCCGUGCAAGGUGGCCUGGUGCACCACAGCGUGUCCUGAAAACACCUUUCUUCAUGGACUGGAGAACUCUUCCGAGUCAUGAAAAUGAGGCCAAUCAACCAGUCAUUGGUCGUUCAACCAUACAUUGCAUGGAAAAAGAGAUUCGUCGUUUUGCUGGUACUGUUCCAAUGUGA